AAGUUCAGUGUUUACAGAGGCUGCUGCAGACAUAUGCUCACAUCUGGCUCCUUUUGAUGGCAUCAUUUGCGCCCUCUCCCCUCUGUGGAGUGCAACUUCUGGGGCUGAGAGUGUAGGGGAUCCUGCGGUGUGUAAAAAGUAGGCUACUGGGCUUUUUAUUCAGAAUGAUGACGAAACUGGUGGUUGCAUUAUCCGCCAUCCCCGCCCUGCUCUGCCUCCAGUUUGUAGGUUACRGAAAGAUUUCACCACCCACAGAAAAGAAGAUUAGAGAGGAAUUAAUGGUAUUCCUUUGUCAUUAUAGGAACAAAUUGAUAUUUGGAUUUAAAUCAGAGGGUGGGGACAGUGGGAGCAACAUGUUGCGUCAGGACACAUAAGCAGAGGGGAUGGCACGGUUAGCAAGGAGGGAUGCAUGUGRACUGGAGCUCAGAGCCGGAUACCUCCCCCUGAUGCUCGCCACGUUACAGGAGAUGACAGCACAGGAAAACGCAGACGUGUCUCCAUUUUUGCAUGGCAGAACUGAGAGUUGGGACAUGGAUGUGUCAGUCCGCAGAGGAUGGGGGCAGCUGUGGCACUCCCUCGGCCAGACCCUGACAAAGUGAGAGGGACACGCGGGUUCCUCUUUGGAUUUCCAGCCCUCCCUGCUCAACCAUGAGACUGGCCCUCCUGGCCUUGAGACUGAUGGUUUUGGCCAGGUUGUGGCCUGUCACUCAGCUCAACAGCAGCACUUUCCCCAACAAAAGGAGACACAAGGAGUUUUACGUUGGAGAGAACACCAAAGCAAAGCAUGCAGGUCGAGUGGAUCUUAAGACUAAAAAGCAAGACAGCACCAAGUCUCUGCUAAUUAAAUCCGAGCAGCUACUUCGGAUUGAAGAUCAUGACUUUGCAAUGCGCCCAGGCUUUGGAGGUUCAGCUCUUCCAGUUGGCAUAGAUGUUCAGGUGGAGAGCAUUGACAGCAUAUCAGAAGUAAACAUGGACUUCACCAUGACUCUCUACCUGAGGCAUUACUGGCAGGACGACCGGCUGGCUUUCCCCUCCAGCAGCAACAAAAGUCGAACUUUUGAUGCGCGCCUUGUUAAGAAAAUCUGGGUUCCAGACGUGUUUUUUGUUCAUUCAAAACGCUCUUUCAUUCAUGAUACAACCAUGGAGAACAUCAUGCUGAGGGUUUUCCCUGAUGGAAAUAUUCUUUACAGUGUCAGGAUCACAGUGACCGCACUUUGCUCAAUGGACUUCAGUAGUUUCCCUCUGGACACACAGAACUGCUCUCUGGAGCUGGAGAGCUAUGCCUACAAUGAGAACGAUCUCAUGCUCUACUGGAAGAAUGGAAACGAUUCAUUACGGACAGAUGAGAUUGUGCUCUCUCAGUUUUUUAUUGAAGACUUCCAGCCUUCCUUUGGACUUUCCUUCUACAGCAGCACUGGUUGGUACAACAGACUUUACAUAAACUUCAUCUUAAGGAGGCACAUCUUCUUCUUCAUGCUUCAGACGUACUUCCCUACCAUGCUGAUGGUGAUGCUGUCAUGGGUGUCUUUCUGGAUAGACAGGAGGGCCGUCCCUGCCCGUGUCUCUCUGGGCAUCACCACGGUUCUGACGAUGUCCACCAUCAUCACUGGUGUCUCGGCUUCCAUGCCUCAGGUGUCUUACGUCAAAGCCGUAGACAUCUAUUUGUGGGUGAGCUUCCUGUUUGUCUUCCUGUCGGUCAUCGAAUACGCCGCUGUCAACUAUUUCACUACAGUGGAAGAGAUGAAGAAGCUCAAGAACGCAAAGAUCCCCGACUCUUUCAAUGCCAACCAGGCGAUGGCUUUCGACGGGUGUUUCCACGACGAAGACAURGACCUGACUCCUUUCCCAGAGGUGGAUAUCACCCCGAACACAGACAGAACCACUCAGUCACGAAACUCCACGGCCUCCGCACCCCCAGAUGGAACCAGGCUCCACCGCAGAAAUACGUUAAAAUACAACAUGAGUUAUAUCAUGAGCAACAGCUACAUGAUCGACUCGUACUCCAGAGUCAUAUUUCCCAUGGCUUAUCUGCUCUUUAACAUCAUUUACUGGAGUAUGUAUGCAUAAGGUAUAAACUGUGCCGAAGAACAAAAUGUUCUCGUUCGGCUAUCUUCACCUUUAUUCAUAUGGGCGAAAGGAAUCAAAGUCUAAUAAACUAUGGGAUGUGACUUUUUGUUUGCACAGAGUCUGUUGACCUGCAUGGAUUGUCUUACAUUUCAGAGCUAGGAUCAGCUGCUGCAGCCAUCAGCUGUAUUUUGUGAAUGUGUUUUUUUCAUGCAUGUUUUAUAGAAAAAAAGGUUUUAAAAGUUUUUAUUUUAGUGUUUAGGUUUAUCAGAAAAAAGAAACAUUCAAAUAUUUAAAUUAUUGUAUAACUUCUUCAAAAAUAAACCAUGACUUUUCUGGUAAAGCACAAGUUUUUURAUGUAACUAUUUCACUUCUGGUGUAGCCUGAGCCACUUUCUUCUGGAAUAUCAAACUAUUUCUGCUGAAAUAAUCAUUUCCUGCAAUAGUUUAACAAUGUAAAUGCUUAUGAAAUGCUGGGGUAACUCACUCACCCACACACUUGAAGUUGUGUUAAGAAAGCAGUAAUCCACUGAGGUCAUGGCCUCACUCAGCUCAUCAAUCUUUCUCCAAGCUGAGGUCAUUAAAAGGAGCUAUCUACUACAGGUAAGAUAUUAGUUGUUCAGAACAUAUAGAACGCUUAUUAAAAAAUAAAAAUUUUUUAUAAAGUGUAACCAUA